CGCGAGACUCCGCGGCAUCAGGGGCUGCUCCGCUCUCGGCAGGAGCUGCGUACCCACCUGAGUACCUGCGGUGUCUCACACCGACGUUAGCGGGCUGAGAGACCGCAACACGGUGACAGGAGUAAGUUACCCGAGCUUGGCGCCACUUCAGCGGUUCAACAAUGCGGCUGACCCCGACAAAGUCACUCUCCUCGGCUUCCCUGCUAAUAAUCCUGCUGGCAGCUCCCGUCUCCGGCAGCUUUUUAAUGUCUCCUAAAGAGGCGAGCCAGUUCCUGAGCAGACACCGGAGGGCAAAUCAAGUCUUCGAGGAGACGAAACAAGGACACUUGGAGAGGGAGUGUGUGGAGGAGAGGUGCUCCAAGGAGGAGGCCAGAGAAGUUUUUGAAAACGACCCUGAAACUGACUACUUUUAUCCCAAGUAUACAGCCUGUGUGGAGAAGUUUGGUGAUUCUGAAAAGAAAAAACAGGAUCUGAUCACCUGUGUUCACAAUAUCCCAGACCAGUGCUCCCCUUCUCCUUGUAACGCCAGAGGUACGGUGCGCUGUGAGGACAAAAAGGGUGACUUCCUCUGUCAUUGUUUCACCGGCUGGACAGGAGCCAGCUGUGAGAACGAUGUCGAUGAGUGCAUCGAAAAUGGAAAUGGAGGUUGUGACCAGGAGUGUAACAACACCAUAGGGAGUUACCGCUGCUCCUGUCACCAGGGCUACAUGCUGGUCGGGCGCCACGUGUGUUACGAUGUUGACGAGUGUGAGGAUGUAAGUGUGUGUGGAACGGCCCGCUGUGAGAAUUACGUGGGCAGCUACGAUUGCUUGUGCGACAUCGGCUACGCCUACGACAACGGGAGUAAAAGCUGUGUUGAUGUGGAUGAGUGUGAGUCCGGUGUGUGUGAAGGCGAGUGCUUGAACACUCCAGGGAGUUUCCGUUGCUUCUGUGAUGGUCGUCGGGGCAUGAAGCUGGGAGGUGAUCUGAGGAGCUGCAAGCUGAUAACUCCCUGUAUGUCACCGUCCCUGAAGAGGAACCCCCGCUCUCUUUACCUUGGUCGCAUGUUUAGCGCCGUGCCAGUGGUGCGGCUGCGUUUUCGCCGCAAGGUUCACACAGGAUUUUCAGCUGAAUUCGACUUUCGCACGUACGAUCACGAGGGGGUGAUCUUCUUCGCGGGAGGUCACCUGGACAGCUCUUGGAUCGUGCUGGCAAUGCAUCGUGGGAAGCUGGAGCUGCAGCUGAAGUACGGCGCCAUCGGAAGAGUGACCAGCAGCGGCCCCGUCGUCAACGAUGGCCAGUGGAGAAAGAUCUCCGUGGAGGAGCAGGGCCGGAGUCUGGUGAUAAAGAUCGACAGGGAGGCCGUGAUGAAGAUCGCUGUGAACGGUGAUCUGUUCACGCUGAAGAAAGGCAUGCACGAGCUCAACCUGACAGUAGGAGGAGUCCCUUUCAAAGAAGACGGCCUCGUCUAUCAGAUAAACCCUCGUCUGGACGGCUGCAUGAAGGAGUGGCGCUGGCUGACGGGUGAAGAUACCUCCAUCCAGGAAACCAUUCGAUCCAAUGAAAACAUGCAGUGCUUCAGCCCUGAGGAUCCUGGAGCGUAUUACCCCGGAACAGGCUUCGCCCUCUUCAACAUCAGCUACGAAUCAAAAAACCUGAGCAUCCAGAUGAGCGUGCGCCCAGUCUCUGCUACGGGGGUGCUGUUUGCACUGGUUUACCAGGACAAAGUGCCUCUCUCCAUCAGCCUCUCUGAUUAUAAUCCCACAUCAGACGAGUGGGGAGAUGUCAUUGUGGUUUCCGUAGGUAACAUCGUCACUGCCAGCUCUCGUGUGUUCUCCUGUGAUGGUGAGCGCCAUAAUAUCCAGGUGACCAUCUCAGGCAACCAGACCCUGUUGCUGGUCGACGGCGUGACGGCACAAAGCGACGACGUAGAAGUUCCCACCGAGCUCUUCUCGCAUUCCACCACCUAUAUAGGAGGCCUUCCAGAUGUUUCCCUUGUGUCCACGGUGGUGUCGGCACCCUACAGCGGCUGCAUGGAGGUCAGCGUGAACGGUCGGGCUUUGGACCUGGACCGAGCCGUUCAUAAACACAAUGACAUCCGCUCACACUCCUGCCCCCUGCUGGACUCCCACCAGUGAGCAGUGCUUGAGUUAACCCAAACCGGUCCAUUUAUUUGAGGCAACGGGGAUAACAUCCACUAGAUUUCUAAAAGCUCUGACAAGCGGGGAGAUGUUUUAUAUUUAAAUAUCCUUUUAAACAUGUUAACAGAUGAUGCAGCUGAAGUCUUCGCACAGAAUCGCCUCCUUCUUUCCUCCGAACUGUGAUGGCAGUGCUGCCUGGAAACAUCUGCUGGGGUAUUUACUAUUUCUCUCAGCAAAGGAUAUGGCAAUAAAUGUCCCAUAACAACUGCCCUUUUAUCCCAGCCUCAUCACAGGGUCUAAUCCAGAUUAGUGGUAAAACUUUGGUUUCGGGGUCAGUGGUCGCCUCGUGUCCAUAUUCGCAAAAUAUGUGCUAAUGUCGGGACAAACAAAGAGGAUCAGAUAAGUUGUUCUACAUCAGCUACUGUAAUCAAUAGGUGCGUUCCAAAUGCUGAACCCUCCUUAUGAGCUCCAGCAUCGAGGCGCCGCUUUGUGUCUUUGUAGAUGCCGUUGCACAUUGUUGCAGGUAUAAACGGACCGCGCUGUAAAGUCACUUAAGAUUUCCUCACCAUUAGAGCAGCGCUCCUUGUCUACCUGCAGCCUUAAAUAUCAACCAUGUGCCUACACAAGAACCGCCAACAUCUGCCGUGUUAAUAGGUGGAGCAUCUCCCAACGCUGCAGUGCUGUAACAACCCCACAAACAUCCAAUAACAUGUACUUACUCCCAGCACUGACUGGUUCUUGGUCUGUAAUCACAAACUUUCUCCCCGUCACAGUUAAAUGCUGCCACACUCCAGACGUUAGCCACAGAAGCACAGGGGCCCUCCCUGAAGGGGAGACAAAGCACUGCUUUACUACUCGCACCACAAAAGCUACUGAGAUGACGAUGAGUGCUCUGUAAUAUACUGUGUAUGUAAAUAUUGUGAUUGUACAAUGCUUUAGAAAACACAAACGCAAACCCUACCUUCUGCUCCCUGAGGUUUCAUGCACAGUCAACAACAAAAAUUGCAAUUUCUCCAUCCGAGAACGUUUUCGGGAAUGUCUGUUGUCGUCUUCUCGAUGCAGAAGCAUCACAAGACACAGAGAGCAAUAGCCGGGGUUCAGAGUAGAAUCAGUUCUUAGGAACUCUUUAAUUUAUCGGUGCUGAGCAAAUCAAAAUCCCAAACCAUGAAUGUGGGAGAAAGUUAGAAUGCCAAAGGGCUCCAGUGUUAUUUUACCUUCCUGUUUGAUGGUUUGUUUUUAUAGUUUUCUGUUGAAUGAAUGCUAAUAAAAGCUUGAUGUUUGUAUUAUUUUUUACCAUA